CAGUUAGCGGUAGUUCAUCGUCUCCGCCGGUUCUGUCGACUAUUUUUAUUUUUUAUUUUUCAUUCCACUCCAAUGAUUCGUCACUCGCAUAACCGUGAUACGAUAUUUUUUCAAUCGUUUCAAUCAAGUGCAAUCAACAUUUAAUCAUUGCGUCAAUAUAAAGCACACUGCCAAUCUUGAUAAUUUUUAUUCAAUCUUUCACACAUUUAUCUACAAGAGUCACAAAAAUCGUCGAGAACAUGCAUCGUAAAACGAUGAAGUUGCCAAGAAUAUCGAGACUUGAGUAAAAGUGUGAAAAACAAGAAAACCAAAUUUUUGGGUAAAAAAAAACGAGAAUAUAAAUAAUAAAUAAUAAUGAAAAUAUCGAUUAAUAAUACCGAAUAAAAAUGAUUAAUAAAUCAUUCCAAUCGUGGAUGACUGAAAAAAAAAUCGAUAAUCCUUUACAGAAGAAUGACAAAAGGAAAUGUAAAUGGAAAAAAUUCUCAGUGAAUUAUCACGAAUGAUAGCUCGUCAUUGAUAAUUUGGAGUUGAGAAUAAUUGGUGGCAAUAUGUGUCGGUGAUAAAGCGGAAAGGAAAAGAGUGAAGGUGCGAUAGGCCGGGGUGUGAGAAGGAUCGAGAGAAGCCGGCGUCCGCGCAACUCUCGUUCUUGUGUCAUCUCGUCGUGGAUUCAGGGCCGAUCGAAAGCCACGAGUCGCCCCGUUCGUUUUGGAUAUUGUGGAAAAAAUCAAUGGGAAAAAAGUGGUAUACGAUAAUCUGUUGGAAAGUUUAAAAAGUGGUGUGAUAUCGAGUGACAAGUGGGACUGGUGGUCGGUGGAUAAAACCACCGGAAGAGAAGGACACUUAUUGCCCACGUGCAUUUACGAAGAAGAUGAGAGAUCACGAAAAUAACGAGAGUCGAGUCAGGCUGCGACGCACCAAGAGCGUCACAAGGGCCGAGGAAAUACAACGCGCUGAUCUCAUGGUUCGAAAAUCACAGCCUGAUAAACCAUGCCAUCGACCGCGAGACAGUCUUUUCUCGUGGAGUUCUGGAUUCGCCAACUUCACAGGCUUCGUAAACUGGGGUUUCCUCCUCCUCGGUCUCGGUGGUUUUCGGCUUCUCCUUGAGAAUUUUAUUAAGUACGGAAUUCGGGUCGAUCCCAUUCAGUGGUUCACCGUCCUCAGUGGCAAAAACGAUGGAGGCAAAGAAUAUCCUUCGAUCAUUUUGAUCGUCUAUUCUACGGUUCCUGUGGUCCUUUGUCUUCUCAUCGAAAAGGGUCUUUCGGCGGAUAUCAUAGCUCAUGAACCGGGAAUGGUGUUUCAUGUCGUAAACCUUAUCGUUAUGGUGCUGAUGCCGAUGGUGGUCAUACACGUCAAAGAUUCGGGAUUCAGCCUGAUUGGUGCGAUGUACGUAUGCAUGCUCUACGCCAUUCUUUUUCUGAAGCUGUGGUCGUACGUGCAGGUGAACAUGUGGUGCCGCAUCGCCAACAAAAGAAGCUCAACAUCCCAGGGCCGAAUGCGAAGGCAAUCGAUGUCGUACAAUAAUCUUUUAUCAUCAAACGUCCAACACAAAAACGGGGAGAACUACGAUGACGAGCAACACCACGAUAAAGAGGGUACGAUCAGCAGCUUGGUCCAAUAUCCGGACAAUCUCAGACUCGGGGAUCUUUACUACUUCAUUCUCGCCCCAACGCUCUGCUACGAGCUCAAUUUUCCUCGCACUGAGAGGAUUCGAAAAAGGUUCCUCAUGAAACGUAUUAUCGAGGUUUUCAUCGGCUGCCAAGUGGUGAUGUCGCUCAUUCAACAGUGGAUGAUCCCGUCCGUGAAGAACUCGCUCAUUCCUUUCAGUAAUAUGGACGUCGCAAAGGCCUUGGAACGUCUCCUCAAACUCGCUAUUCCCAAUCACCUGAUGUGGCUCUGUUUCUUCUACCUCACUUUCCAUUCGUACUUUAAUCUCAUGGGUGAACUUUUGCACUUUGCUGAUCGGAAUUUCUACCAAGACUGGUGGAACGCAAAUAACAUUGACACGUUUUGGCGCACGUGGAACACUCCCGUACAUCGAUGGGCUGUCAGACAUCUUUACAUCCCGAUAGUUGAAAUGGGCUACGGUAAAAAUACAGCGAGCGUCACGGUAUUUUUCAUCAGCGCAUUUUUCCACGAGUAUCUUGUCAGUGUACCGCUGAAGACAUUCAAGGUUUGGGCGUUCCUCGGCAUGAUGGGUCAGAUUCCACUAUCAAUGGUCAGCAAAGUGGUAGAACGAAACUUUGGCUCGCGCUGGGGUAACAUCGUCGUAUGGUCCAGUUUGAUUAUCGGUCAACCCCUUUGUAUAAUGGUCUACUACCACGACUACGUGGUCACUCAUUUCGGUGAGGCUCUGCUCGAGGAUUAUUCCAUAAUAUAACGCGAACAGCCCCAGGAUCGAGGGCUUUUUGAGCGAUCACCAUGGAAACCGGAAAUUAGGAAGCAAUUUUUCGAGAAUCCAUCAAUCAACGACUUGAAAACCCACAAGGAUUUUUUGUACUCUCAAAUUAGCGAAUUUUCAUAUUUCUUCUUCUAAGGAGGGUGGAUCACGAAAUCAAAAUAAUCAGAAUUUGAUCAAAUUUGGUGAUAACAUUAUUUGGCAUCAAGUGUACAAAUACUAUUUUUCUCAAAAUUUUU